AUGGCUUGCAAGAAUGAUCGCAAACAGCAUGUUGAUCUGCUGGCGACUCUAGGAUGUAAGUUGCAAGCCGCCGUGGACGAGAGUGAUCGCCAGCAGCAUGCUGAUAUAACUGGCGACUCUAGAAUCGGCAUGCUGAUAUAA